AUGGUAUCAAAGUCAUUGUAUAUUGUUGUCGUUACAGCACUGUUGAUGCUAUUGGCAUACAAUGGCGCAGAGGCUUUGACUAUGCAAAUCGAGCCAAAGAAUCAAGAGUGUUACUACGAGAACGUCGAGGCUGGUAGAACAUCCUUGAUCAACUAUCAAGUGAUCAGAGGUGGUCUAUUGGAUAUUGAUGUCAAGAUAUUCGAUCCACAAGGAAACACAUUGUACUCUAGACUGCACUUUGAUACAACAAUGAAGGGUAGACAAUCGUUCACCGCUUCGAAUACUGGUACCUACAAGCUUUGCUUUGGCAACGAGAUGUCAAGGUUCACUGCCAAGGUCGUUACAUUCACAUGGGGAUUCGAGGACGACCAGAAGGAUUUGGUCAAGGGAGAUACUUUGAACCCAAUGGAUCAAUCAAUCCAAAAGAUUGAGAGAGCGUUGCACUCGAUUGUCAUUGAGCAGAAGAAGAUGAGAUACAGAGAGCAAACAAACAGAGAUACCUCUGAGAGCACCAACGCAAGAGUGGUCAGAUGGACCAUUAUCCAACUGUUUGUUCUCGUCUCUAUGGGUGUUGCUCAGAUUUGGUACCUGAGGAAAUGGUUCGAUAGCAAGUCCACUCAAAGAGUCUAG